AUGACCUUCAGCAAACCUGGAGAGCACGUCAGGGUCGGCGCCUCCAUCACGGGCGCCUCCCUGCUUCUCCUGCCAGCUCCCAACAUGACCUCAGCUGUUAUUGUGCAGAUGUUUUCAGCCUGUUCAGAUAAGAUUUCCAGAUGUUUCCAGCGUUCUCCGAUAUCAGAAGAUGGGAAGACGGCGGAGGAUUUGGCUUCGGCCGAACAUCACGAGCACGUCGUGUCACUGCUGGGAAAACUUAAAAAGGACAACCACAAGCUGAGCUACAUCCAGCAGCUGCGGCCCACUCAGACGGUGCAGCCCCGGAUCAAACUCAAGCUCUUCGGACACUCGGGAGCCGGGAAGAGCACGCUGCUGGAGUCUCUGAAGUGCGGCAUCCUGCGCAGCUUCUUCAGGAGGAGGAGGACGCGCAUGACCAACGCGGCCCGGCACCCCAACUCGCCCGUCAACUCCAAACCUCCCGGUAGGUGACAGACAGGUGGAGUCGCGUCGUCACCGGCGCAGCGGUUAGCACCGCCCCCUCACAGCAAGAAGACCCUGAGUUUGUGCAGGUGCAGACAGGUGUGUGUCACCUGGUGACAGCUCUGAAAGGCUCCACCCCCUCCAA